AACCCUAACUUUUGAUAGAACCCGGGGUUGCUCCUGCAGCUGCCCCUUCCGGGGUGGGGAAAAGUUCCAGGGUCUGGGGGCUGCCGAGACGCUGGCGCGCCCUCUUUAUACUGUCAGUCUCUCCUGCUGCUGCACCCGGCCCGGUGGUUCCCAGCCCCGGAGUCGGGUGUCCUGGGUAGCUUGAGGACACUGGAGCUGGGCAGGUGCCGACAGCCCGCCGCCUGUGCCCUCCCCGUCCUCGCCGCUUGGCGCCCCUGCCAGGCCGAUCUUCUGACUGCCAGAGCUAGGGGCCUCCGGAGACGACGUGCGGCCGCCGGCUCAGCUCGCGCCCACGCCUUCUGCUCCACUAGCCGCCUUAGCUGAGCGGAAAAGCGGGGACACAUUGCCUGCCCGGGAGGCAGGGCGCUCCAGUACCCCACCCCGGAGCUUGGCGGUGUAUCUUUCCGCCCACAGACCGCUAAGAUCCCCUGCAAAUCCCAGCCAGACGGAAGCCCGAACUGACGUUGCAGGGACACUGGGUUCCCUAGGAGCCGCCUCAGGCUUAAUGAUUGUCCAGAAGGCAGCUAUAAAGGGAGCCUAGGAGGCUGGGUGGAGGAGGGAGCAGAAAAAAACCAACUCAGCAAAUCUGAGCACUGAGAGCUACAAGUAGGAGCUGUGGCAAGAGGCUGCGACCUGGCCUGCAGGGACUGCUCUUUUCUACCAUGGCACCCCAAAGCUAUGGCUAUUACCGCACUGUGAUCUUCUCAGCCAUGUUUGGGGGCUACAGCCUAUACUACUUCAACCGCAAGACCUUCUCCUUUGUCAUGCCAUCAUUGGUGGAAGAGAUCCCUCUGGACAAGGAUGAUUUGGGGCUCAUCACCAGCAGCCAGUCAGCAGCCUAUGCCAUCAGCAAGUUUGUGAGUGGGGUGCUGUCCGACCAGAUGAGUGCUCGCUGGCUCUUCUCCUCUGGGCUGCUCCUGGUUGGCCUGGUCAACGUAGUCUUUUCCUGGAGUUCCACAGUACCUGUCUUUGCUGCACUCUGGUUCCUUAAUGGCCUGGCACAGGGGCUGGGUUGGCCCCCUUGUGGGAAGAUCCUACGGAAGUGGUUUGAGCCAUCUCAGUUUGGCACUUGGUGGGCCAUCCUGUCAACCAGCAUGAACCUGGCUGGAGGGCUGGGCCCUAUCCUGGCAACCAUCCUCGCCCAGAGCUACAGCUGGCGCAGCACACUGGCCCUGUCUGGGGUACUGUGUGUGGUUGUCUCCUUCCUCUGUCUCCUGCUCAUCCACAAUGAACCUGCUGAUGUUGGCCUCCGUAACCUGGACCCUACCCCCUCCAAGGGCAAGAAGGGCUCCUCRAAGGAGGAGAGUACUCUACAGGAGCUGCUGCUAUCCCCCUAUCUGUGGGUGCUCUCCACUGGCUACCUUGUGGUGUUUGGAGUAAAGACCUGCUGUACAGACUGGGGCCAGUUCUUCCUUAUUCAGGAGAAAGGACAGUCCGCCCUUGUGGGUAGCUCCUAUGUGAGUGCCCUGGAGGUUGGGGGCCUUGUAGGCAGCAUUGCAGCUGGCUACCUGUCAGACAGGGCAAUGGCAAAGGCGGGGCUAUCUGUCUACGGGAACCCUCGCCAUAGCCUGUUGCUGUUCAUGAUGGCUGGCAUGACAGUGUCAAUGUACCUCUUCCGGGUUACAGUGACCAGUGACUCCCCCAAGGAUGUUGCUUUCUGGACUCCGGCUCUCCACCCUCUUGCUGAGCUCACAGGCUUUACAGAGCACGAGAUCUGGAUCCUGGUGUUGGGAGCUGUUUUUGGUUUCUCCUCUUACGGUCCUAUUGCUUUGUUUGGAGUCAUAGCCAAUGAGAGUGCCCCUCCCAAUUUGUGUGGCACCUCUCAUGCUAUUGUGGGACUCAUGGCCAAUGUGGGCGGCUUUCUGGCUGGGCUACCAUUCAGCACCAUUGCCAAGCACUACAGUUGGAGCACAGCCUUCUGGGUAGCUGAAAUGAUUUGUACAGCCAGCACAGCUGUGUUCUUUCUGCUCCGAAACAUCCGCACCAAGAUGGGCCGAGUGCCCAAGAAGGCUGAGUGAAGACUGCAGGCUCUGGAGUACCCUCUCACCUACGGUUUCCCUUUGCACACAGUGGGGUGCAGAAAGGAAGUGUUCCCUCUGGCUAGCACUCAAGCUUUGAUGUUCUGUUUCAGCGCCUUCUCACACUCAGGUGGCACUGGAAGUUAUCAGUAGCUAAUGAGGUCCCUGUUCCUCAUCCUAAGCUCUAUUUAAAGAUAACCUUUGUUCUUGGACUCCUUAGCUCCUAUUUCCUGCUUUCAGAGGAAUAGGAAACUCCUGCAGUCAGGGUAUGUACUGUACCCUUCUUCUUCUCCUGGGCCCUAUCCUACCUAUUCCCACCUACCUAUUCCCUGCAGCUACAAGGCACCAAUAACCUGUGACUUCUCUGCCCUAAGGCCUCUCAGCAGUGGGCAGUAGCUAUUACCAAUACCUCAAGUCCCCAGUGGAAGAGAGAAGGCCACCAUUCUCAUCAACAGCUUGAGUACAGUACAGGGUAUGGAUGGAAGGAGAAGGUGACUUGUAGAUUAAAACUAGAUUUGAUACUAAA